AUGGGCGGGUGGGCGCGCGCGCGCGACGCGGCUGCAAAUCCGACCGGGGUGCAGAAUAACAAUUCUGCUCCCAGGGAGUCAAAUAGCGCGUACAACGGCGGCACGGUGUCGGAGUCGGUGCUCGGGGAUUGCCUCCGCUUCGCGGCCGUCCCGCGCGACACCUUCGUGCUCGCCACCAAGUGCGGCCGCUACAAGGAAGGCUUCGACUUCAGCGCCGACCACGUCACGCGCAUCGUCGACGAGAGCCUCGCGCGCCUCGGCCUCGACUACGUCGACAUCCUCCACUGCCACGACAUUGAAUUCACCAACCUAGACCAGAUUGUGAACGAGACGAUCCCUGCACUACAGAAUAUCAAGGAGAGCGGCAAGGCGUGGUUCAUCGGAAUCACCGGGCUGCCCUUGAGCAUCUUCACCUACGUGCUUGACCGGGUGCCUCCUGGCUCCGUAGAUCUGGUUCUCUCCUACUGCCACUACGGAAUCAACGACACCGCGCUGCUGGAUUCGCUUCCUUACUUGAAGAGCAAAGGUGUUGGGGUCAUCACUGCUUCGCCCCUUGCCAUGGGGCUUCUCACGGACAACGGGCCACCGGAGUGGCACCCCGCACCAGAACAACUCAAGGUAUUUGCUUUCAUUUCUAAAUGGGAAGAACUAUGUUUCUAG